AUGUUUAACUACCUAAUUAUUGUAAAAAUUAUUUCCAUAGUUAUAGUUUUGGGAGUAAUUUAAGUGAUAGCUUAUUGGCGGUAUAAGAAAGAAAGCAUGAAGCAGCAGUUUGAAUCUUUAUUAGGAUUAGCUAAUUCUUUUAUAUCUGGAUUAUUGCUCACAAGUAGUUUAGUCUACUUACUUCCAGAAAGCUACAACUUACAUUUAUAAGCAAAUAAAGAGGCGAUAAAUGAUUUUCCAUGGAUUUUUUCAGUAUUUUGUUGCUCUUUUGCUUUAAUUAGCAUUUUAACUUAGUUUUAUACAUAUGAUAAAUAUUUUAGAAAGCGGAUUAUUAAUGAUUAUUUAAAUUCUGAAAAAAUCGAAGGAUAUGACCACUAUUACGGUUCAGAUUAUUAUGAAGAUACUUAAAGCUAAUUUUAGAAAUCUAACUAAUUAUUCCACAAUACACUUUAACAAAGAUAAAAUCUUCACAGAUAUUCAUAAACAAUGUAAAAUCCAAAAGACUCAUACUUGACAAAUAAACUGUCUUGUUCUAUAACUACUCCUUAGUACGGAAAUAAAGGACAUAAUCAUAUAGACGAUGAUCAUAAUCAUCUAGUAUAGUCCCCAUACUAUGGAGACUAUUAUUAAGAUCCUAAAAUUGAGUUAAAUAAUUACAAACCUGAAUAUCUUUUUUUGAUUUACUGUAUACAUUCAUUCUUUGAAUGCUCUGCUAUAGGCUUAUAAAGUUAGACUCUUCCUACAAUAAUGAUUACUCUUUCAAUCUUUUUGCAUAAGUGGUUUGAAGUAUUAUUUAUUCAAAUGUAAACUAAAUUUUCUAUAUGUAAACCAAAUAGCUCAAAUCACUUUUUAAUUAUUUUGUAUACCAUCUCUAACAUUAGUGGCAUUGGCUUUGGAUGGUUUGUAGAAAAUUAACUUAGUGAUAUUAAAAAUGCUGCUUUUUUAAGUAUUAGUGGUGGUACUUUCUUUGCUAUAUCAGUUAAUGAUAUGUUGCACACAGAAAUCAAUAGGGGAAACAAAUAAAGAUUAAUUAAAAUUUUAUUAUUUAUUGUUAGUAUAGCCCUAAUAAACUUAGCUUGGUACGCCUAAAAGUAAAUUUCAGAGCAUGACCAAGAAUUCGAAUGA